AAAAGUUAAUGAAUUCAAAUUUGGAGCGAACAUAAUGGCAUGUUUUUUAAGUGAUGUGGCAUCACUAGCAAUGCAUUUUUGCAGUCCUGUAAAGUUGCUGGACUCCAAUUAGGAGCGAAAACAGCAGACAAGCUGUUGCUAUGGAGCACCCAAUUUAUUUAAUCGAUGGGGCAGCCUUGAUAGUGCAUUUUAAAUAUUUUAAAUGGCUGGCAAAAGCAAGAAAAAACGAAAUAGUAAAGAUUCAACGUCCAGUAAUGCAGGCAGCGGAGAGGGCGAAGAGAAGAAAAGGAAGGAAGGCAUUAGUGGCAAGAAAAAAGGGGGCGUUGGCAAGUCCAUUGGCUGUGAUAUAUUCAAUGAUGCAGCAAUGGAGAAUGCUUACUAUGUAUGCCACAAUGUGCAGGAUGUGCUGAAAACCCGCGGUUUUCCUUGGCCCGAUGGACAAAAGAAGAAGAAGAAGGGCAAGCGUUGAUAAAAUGGCUUAAUGACAAAUUAUUUACUUAAAGAAUGUUUGCUAUAUAAAUCAUUUAUUAAAAAUUAUUUAAAAUUUUAAUUUCAAAUGAAGUAAAUAUUAUAUUGCACUUGCAUAUGUAUAUGACUCAAAUGUAAGCAUUUUGUUUGUUACCUCUGCUUCUAUUUAUAUCUGACCAAAUCAAGUCGUCAUCAUCAAUUUCGAAC